GAGGAGGAGGGACCUUCGGCAGUGACGCAAAGCACGCGACGGCCAGAGGAAGGCGGGGGGAGCCGAGGAGGAGGCGCGGGGCGGUGAAAACAAGCCGACGGCGCUUCAAAGAAGCCAGCGGCGCACGAAGCCGAGCAGGAGGAGGGGGAGGAAGCAGGAGAAUGCUGCUACUUGAUAGAAGAGCCUCGCCAGCCAGUCAUGUUUAAGGAUAAGUGGUGGAGAUAAGCAUGAGACCACCGUGGCACAGCUGCAUGUGUAUUCACUCUUGAAGCAAUUGCACAUUUUAUUGGCUGACAAUCUUGGCAUUUUUUAGCAAAAAACAAAAUUUAAAGACGCAGGGCAUCUUUGUUUUUGUUUAACAAGUCAUACUUGUCGGGUGUCAUCUGAUGGAGCCUUCUGGUGGUGAACAAUUCUAUGAUGACCCUGACCUUGGAGGCAAGUCUCAAGAUCAAGAGACCAAAAGACAGCAUGAGUCGGAGCAAAAGUUGUCCAAAAUUACCCACAAUGCCUUGGAGAAUAUUAAUGUGAUUGGUCAAGGUUUGAAGCACCUUUUCCAGCAUCAGCGCAGGAGGUCCUCGGUUUCUCCCCAUGAUGUACAGCAGGCUCAGGUUGAAAUGGAGCCUGAGAUGGAAUUGGAAAGUCAAAGCACCUAUACUGAAAUUGAUGGUGUCUCUACCUACCCUACAGCUCUAAACAGAGUUCUCCAGCAAAUCAGAGUGCCGCCUAAAAUGAAGAGAGGAACAAGCCUGCACAGCAGGCGUGGCAAGCCAGAUCCCCCAAAAGGGAGCCCCCAAAUCAACAGGAGAUCUGUCCAGGAUAUUCAUUCAGGUCGACCCAGGUCUUCAUCAACUACUGAUGCUCCGACUAACUUGUCUAUGUUGGAGAUGGCAUCUCCUGUCUACGUAGCUGCUGAAGAGGUUGUGUCAGCAGAGCGGAUCGAACGGUUAGAUGUAAGCAGCCUUGCACAAACAUCCAGUGCAGUAGCCUCAAGCAUAGACUGCAGCAUCAACGCAGACUCUGUUGAUGGAACUCCAGAUCCUCAGCGCACAAAGGUGGCCAUCACCCACCUCCAGCAAAAGAUCUUGAAGCUGACAGAGCAAAUCAAAAUAGAGCAAACGGCUCGGGAUGACAAUGUAGCAGAGUACCUGAAAUUAGCCAACAAUGCUGACAAGCAGCAGAGCGCCCGCAUCAAGCAAGUGUUCGAGAAGAAGAAUCAAAAGUCAGCCCAGACCAUUCUACAGUUGCAGAAAAAGCUCGAACACUACCAUCGGAAACUGCGAGAGAUUGAACAGAAUGGCAUCCCUCGGCAGCCAAAAGAUGUUUUGAGGGAUAUGCACCAGGGGCUGAAGGAUGUGGGGGCAAAGGUCACUGGCUUCAGCGAAGGGGUCGUAGACAGUGUUAAGGGUGGGCUUUCCAGUUUCUCCCAGGCAACACAUUCAGCAGCAGGGGCUGUUGUUUCUAAACCCCGGGAGAUUGCCUCACUCAUUAGGAACAAGUUUGGGAGUGCAGACAAUAUUGCUGGUCUGAAGGACUCUUUGGAAGACGGUCAGGAGGAUGGGACGGGAGGAAAGCCUUUAGGCGUACAUAACUUUCAGUCAAGCCCCAAAUAUGGCAGCGAGGAAGACUGCUCCAGUGCCACAUCAGGCUCUGUGGGGGCUAAUAGCACCACAGGGAUCGCUUUGGGAGCACCAAGCUCCAAAACAAAUACGAUGGAAAUGCCAAGCUCAGGGUUUGAUGCGAUACUACAUGAGAUUCAAGAGAUCCGAGAGAAUCAAGUGCGACUGGAGGAAUCCUUUGAGAACCUUAAGGUUCACUACCAGAGGGAUUAUUCCUUGAUAAUGCAGGCUCUGCAAGAAGAAAGAUACCGAUGUGAGCGGCUAGAAGAACAGCUGAAUGACCUGACUGAGCUCCACCAGAAUGAAAUCCUUAAUUUAAAGCAAGAGUUGGCCAGCAUGGAGGAAAAAAUAGCUUAUCAGUCUUAUGAGCGAGCCAGAGACAUCCAGGAGGCGCUAGAGGCGUGUCAGACCAGAAUCUCAAAGAUGGAACUCCAGCAACAGCAGCAGCAAGUUGUCCAGUUGGAGGGUCUUGAAAAUGCCACUGCCAGGAAUCUUCUGGGCAAAUUCAUCAACAUCCUCUUGGCUGUCAUGGCUGUUUUGUUGGUCUUUGUCUCCACCGUGGCCAACUGUGUUGUCCCCCUCAUGAAAACUCGCAGCAGGACGUUCAGCACUUUAUUUAUAGUGGUCUUCAUUGCCUUUUUGUGGAAGCACUGGGACGCCAUUACUGGCUACUUGGAACGGUUCUUUUCGCCCCCUAGAUGAUGUCACGAAGAACUUCGCCCCCACCCAGUCCAGUUUGCUCUGGCGAGCGAGUGUGGCAAAGCUUAGUCAGCAACUCCUUCCUCUGCUGAAGUUUUAAAGUGUCAGAGUGUGAAUUUGUUUACAGUUAAAAUAACGUUUUCUCUCUAUGAGACGCAUUGGCAAUAGUAUUUUUUAGAUUUUAUUCAAGAGCUCUUUUUUGGCAAAAAUCCUGGAUAAUUUUUAUGUAGCAUGGUUCUCUUUGGAUGCAAAUCUUAAGAUUCCUUAAGCAUACAAAAUAAAACACCAAUUUGGAGCACACCAAUGGGCAACCUAAAUUAUGUCUCAAACUACUGUACUAAACUUGUUGGGAAGAGGAGAAUAUGGUUACAUAAAACAUAACAAAGAUUAAUCUAAUGCACAGCCUUGUACAAUGGUACUGCAACGAUCCCCUAAUGCUACUGUGAAACCUGACCACAUUCCAUAACUGAACGUAGAGCUUCAGGGUGGCUUUCUCUAAAGGAAGCCACUGCAAUGCAUGGAACUCCCUGGAUCCGUUGCUGGGCUGGCCUCUCACUAAUCUGACAUCUACUCUUUUUUUGUAAGGCCUGUUAAACUUUGUGGCUAGGUAAAUGAAGUGGAUGAGUUCUACUGUACACAGUAACUGCACAGUUGUAUUACAGUAUUUUGAAGUAGCCCUUUAAAUACUUUAAAGAAAACCCUUGGUCGCACUUUUACGGUUUUUUAAUAUAUGUAUUCUCACAGAUUUAAAAAUCCGAAUGGCAUACUUGAAGAGUGUAAUACUCAAACUCUCAGUGCUUCCUUAUUGUUUCUAAUAGGAUUUUUUAUUGUUCUUAUUGGGGGGGUUGUGUUUGAACUUAGGGGUUGGGAGGGUUGUCAUCUCUUCUCCCCCCGCCCCCUUUUAAAAUAAAGAAGUGGUGUUCUUAAAUGAAGAUAUGUGUGAAUAAAUGUGAGCUGGCUUGUCCUGAAACAAUUUUGAAGAGGGCAGAAAGUAACUUCUAGUGACAUCUGAUCUUAAGUGCAAACCUGUUCAAAUGUGAUUUUUAUGUGUCAUCUUGAACUUGCAGACACAUCAUCAUGAAAAGAUAUCUUCUUUUUUCUCCUGUUGAUCUUCAUAUAGGUUUUUUUCCUCCUCUGUGAGGGGAGAAUUGAAUUUCUUAUUGCCACCAUAUCUGUUGCACCUAGACUUGUAAUAUCCAUGUUUGUCUUGAGAGAGGAGAAGUAAUUUCUGAAAGCAACUGACCUGAAGUGCUGUGCUGAGAAAAGAAAUUGUUACUUGGGCGUCUUAAUUUCACUGUGGAACUUAAACCUUUGGUUUAGGCUCCUGCAUGCCAAAGUUGGGGUUGUUGACUGGAUGUAGGCUGUCCAAUCAUUUGGGGUCUAUUCAAAAAGUUACUCUGGGUCUUUAAGGAAAAAUAAAUGCUACAGAAAAUGUCAGAUGAAAAGGCUUAUCCCUUGGGUAUACCCAGAUUUAAUUUAUUAUUCAAAUAAACCCUUGAUAACUGAAACCAAAGUUGUCCUAAAAGCUUGCGGACAGUGUUCACUUCUUCUUGUCAUUAGAGCCCCUCUCUGCAUCUUGCACCCAUGUAGUGGCCUGGUUCAGAAGUAAUGUAAAGCCAGGAUUGAAUCCUGGCUCUAUAUGACAUUCCCUAACCUUAGGGGAUCUCCUAACCCCACUCCUUUGCACAUGAGGGGAAGAAGGAUUUUGUUUUUCAUCCUGGUUUAGAACAAGCCAGAAUCUUUCAUUACUUCUGAACCAGCCAGAAUGUUGUAAAGCAAAUCCUCUUCCCUAUAUCAGUAGUUGUGUUUGAUUAGAUACAGCGUUGCUGAGAGUUGGUUUUGUGUAUCACCAGAAAGAGAAGAGGGGAAAGCAGAAACCCCUCACUUGCAAGUUAGAAGAAAAGUGGGGUAAGAAAUGACAUGAGCCAUUUGUCCUUCUUUCCCUGCUUGUUGGUAACAUACAAACUGGCCCUGGGAUUGUAAGUUAUAUUUGUGACUCUUUGACCAUGAUGUCUUAUAUUUAUAGAGCCUUUUUAAAAUACUGGCUGACUUGCUUUAUAUCUGUGAAACUGGGAUUCAUUCGUUCUUAGUUCUGGCUCGCUGUUCCCACUGUGGAACAAUUUUUUAAAAAACAAAAAGCACCCCUUCCUGCUUCCUUGAAUUCAGUCACUCCUUGCAGUUUACCCUGGGCCUGUGUUCCAUCUCAGAACCGAACAGUGACCAAGUGACCUAAGAUGACGUGUAAUGCAGAGCCCAGAAACGCUUCUUGUGUUAGGGCAUCAUUCUCUAGAACCAUGUUACCAUUUCUUUUUUGUGUUCAUAAAUUGGACUUGCUCUUCUGAUUGUGGUUCCUGUUCUGAUUUUCCAUCAGUAGGAAAAUCUGCCCCACUCAUAAUUCAAAAGAUUCAACAUAUCUCUUCCAUAAUCAUAACUCUUUGUAUACUCAGGCUCCUCAUGCUAAUAUCAUCACACCUCAUCCUUAAGCAAGUAUCUGUCCUUCUAAGGAAGUAAAUGUGCCAGUAUCAAUAGACACAAGCUGAAAAUAAACAUUCCCAGAGUUGCAGAUAGAGAAUGGAAAUGUUUGCAUUCCCAUUGCCAUUUUUCAUGGUGUGCCAUGGUAAACCUCUACUGAGUUUAUGCCAACUCUAACUGAUAUGACAGAGCACAAAGCAGCCCACCAAUCCCCUCCCCUCUCCUCCCCACCCCAUCCCAUUUUCAUUAUGAUAUCAUAAUCCUAAGCAAGGGCAGGCUUGGAAUUCAAUUUGAAGCAGGGCUCUUCCAGAAACCUGGUUGCUGACACCAUCUUCAAAUCUUUGAUCCCACAUUGUGUCCACUGUCUAAAUUUAGCUGAAUUCACCCACAAAUUUCUCAGAAAUUGAUUUUUUUCUUCCUCUUCAAAAAAUUCAACUACAAUUUCUGAGUUCUGAGUGUGCAGUCUUUGACAGACUGCCCUGUUUACGAGAAGGAAAACAAUCAAGCCUCUCAUCUCCAAAAUUGUUCUAUGAAGGUCUCUUGGCCUGUGAUUAGAAGUGUCUCAGCAUCUUCCCUUUUCUAAAAGAUUGUUGUCAGUAUGAUGUUGCAUUCAAUCUAUUUGCUACCCUAACAUGACUCUGGUGUCAUUAUUUUGCCUUUUUUUCUACCCUGUUGUACGGUUGUCCCUCCUCUUGGUCUUGAAGGGCUGUGACUGCAUCAAACGUGUUGAACAAAUGUUAAUUGUUUUGAAAAUGUGACUCUAGCUUUAAAACUCCCAUUCCCUUUUGCAAGUGCUGUAUUCUUUCUCUUAUAGGUGAAGCAUUCCUGGAUGACUUGUUAAAGGCAGUAACUGCCAGUGAGUGGUGUAUGUAUGCUUAAUAUUAUUUUAUUUUUACUGGUGUGGCCCUCUUUUGAGUUGUGGAUUUUUCCCCCCACACAAUUUCCUACUUGGAUAGGGUGAGGAGUUAAUAUAAUUGUCACAUAUCAGCUUAUCACAAAGAGAGAAUGUAGCAGACUGCCUCAAUGGAAGGAGAAAUGACAGUUUAACACACUUUCCAAGGUCCAUAGAUAUUUUGCCUUUUUCUACUAUUCAGAAAGAACUGAAGUGAAAAGUUCUAACAUUUGUAAUAUUUGUUUCCCUUCUCCAUUAUUUGGUAACAAUACUGAGUGUGUUCUGAGUAUGUACUCAGUGAUAAUACUGAGUGUUCACAGUAGUUACUACUUUGGUUUGUUCCAGUCUUGUGGACACUUGCAAAUCCUGUUUCAUUGUGGAGUUUUGGAAGUGGGUGCACUUGCCAAAAAGAGCACUGCCUUUCCGCUAUUUUGUGUGUGUGGGUUGGAGAUUAAGUAGCAAAAGCUGCAAGCAUGACAGCCGAAGAAACCAGGUGAUUGAAGGGAGGUGGCUGGGGUGUUCUAAAAGAAUUCUGAAUGUGGCUAGAGGGGUAUGUGUGUGUGUCUGUGUUGUGUAUGCCAGGUGGUAUUGUGCAUUAGUAGGCAACUGACAUAGCUGUAAGUGUGGUUUUUUAAAGGCAUAAAAUAAAAACUCACUUGCACGGGAUGAAGAGUACAGAAAUGACACUUGUGAACGUAACACUGUAGUUUAUAGAUCUUUAAGCUGCUAAUUGUUGAGAGGGAUUGGCAUUUGUUUUGUCUGGUAGUCACAGGUUUGUCUGUGACUCUUAUGCUGUAUAUAAAAUUAAAUAAAGACCUCAGAUAUUAAA